AUGUUAAAAUGUUAUAUUUUUAUGUUAUCUAAAUUUGUACUUUUAUUUCUUUAAUUGUUAUAGAUGCAAUUGGUUUGCUCUCAACUAUCAUUGAUAGGAAAGAGAUAACUAAGGAUGGAACAACACUAAGAUGAUUACAUUUGAAUUGGAUGAUCUUCGGUAUGUAUCUCAAAUUAAAAUUUAAAGUAAUAUUUUAAUUUUUUAUUUAAGUUUGUUAGACUUAUAAACUCUUUGUCAUCAGUGGGAAGAAAAUCAAGUGUACUUUGUGGGAAGAAUUUGCUGAAGAAAUGAUAUCUUCACUGGAAGCAAAUUCUAAUAGACCAAUCAUCUUUGUGAUUAAAUUUGCAAAAAUGAAGUUUUGGAAAGGUGAAAUGAAAAUUUCUAAUACAAAGUUCAAUUCUAGAAUAUUCAUCAAUAAUGAUGAAAUUCCUGAGAUCUUGGCUCUCAAAGGGAGGUAACCUUAGUUUUUGAUACUAUUUUUGUUUUUUAAAUCUAAUUUCUUAAAUUAUCUUUUGCAAUUAAUGCUUUUUUUAAACUCAGUAAAUAGGAUUCCAAUGGGUGAAGAGUCGAGUGGUCAAAUAUUGAGUCAUGCAUGCUCAACCACUUAUUCUUUAGAUGAAGAAUUCUUAGUGACUUCUAUACAAAAAACUAUUAUUGAGAUUAAAGACUGCCAAGAUGUGGUGACUUGUGUGACUCUUGCAAAAAUCACAUAUAUUGAAUCUACAAAUAAUUGGUAUUACACGAGUUGCAACACUUGCACAACUGGAGUUGUGUCUGAUUUUGGAAUUUGAUAUUGCAGAAAUCGUGAGAAACGAAUGAAGAAUCCUCGAAUCAGAUUCUGUCUCAUUUGUAUAUCAAUUUUUUCAUUUUUAUUUUCUACCUUGAAAUUGCAGAAUAUGCUAAUUAAGUUAGUUUUGUUGAUAAAAAUAUAUUAUUUCAAUUUUAUUUGAUGAAAACAUGUGUAGAUUUCUCCAUUAACUUAGAUUCUUAUAUCAAUGAAUUUUUCCAAGAAAGUUUUGAUAUUCUCACUUAUGUAUUUUAAUUAUUUUUUUUAAUUUUUAUAGAUAUUGCAUUCAAGUUAGAAUAGUUGAUGAAACUGAUGCAGCUUCCUUAAUUUUCUUUGACUCUGCUGCUUUAGGUUGUCUAAAAAAAUCAGCUUCUGAAU